CAGCCUUCCUCUGCACCAGCCAGAGUCGUGCCCAUGAAGGAGAUAAGACCUCACGUCUGCUUCUUGUCAGCUGAGGAGAUAGGUUGUGAAGGAACGCUGUGAUGACUGGGGUGUGGAUACCAUGAAGCAGAUCCAGAUUUAUGAUGGAGAACCUGCCAAGAUCAAAUGCCCACUUUUCGAGACCUUCUUGAAGUACAACUACAGCACAGCCCAUUCUGCUGGUUUAACCCUCAUCUGGUACAGGAUUGGGCAGGACCGGGAUCUGGAGGAGCCCAUUAAUUUUCGUCUCCCAGACAAUCAUAUCAGUAAGGAGAAAGACACUCUUUGGUUCUGGCCUGCUCUUCUCAACGACACUGGGAAUUAUACGUGCAUGCUCAGAAAUACAACCUAUUGCAGCAAAGUGGCAUUUCCCUUGGAGGUUGUUCCGAAAGACCAACACUCUUGUGUGAGUCAUUUGAUAAAACCCACUGAGGAGAUGUUCUACUUGGAACACACCAAUGAGAUCAUAUGUCCAGAUAUUGAUGGGUUUUACCCUGCUAGUGUAACACCAACUGUCAAGUGGUACUUGAACUGCAACUUGGUGGAUGGCUUCUAUGAGCGAUACCCCCAAGGGCCCAGGCUUGUCAUCGGCAUUGUCCGCAGUGCAUAUAAAGGGAAUUACACUUGUAUUGUGACAUUCAAGGACCACGGAAGAACCUAUAAUCUCACCAGAACCAUAAAGAUGAAGGUGGUGGGAUCUCCAAACAAGGCCUUGCCACCACAGUUCACCUCUCCAAAUGAGAAAGUUGUCUAUGAAUUGGAAGCAGGAGAUGAUCUCAUUCUAUCCUGUGAGGUCUUCUUUACCUUCCUGAAGGACUCCCGGACUGAGGUGUGGUGGACCAUAGAUGGGAAAAACACAGAUGACAUCACAGACCCCAAGAUAAAAGUCACACAAAGUGAAAUUACUAGAGAUUUUGAAGACAAAACUGUCAUAAGGACUCUAACAGUUGCAAAAGCCACCCCAGAGGACUUGAAACGGAAUUACACUUGCUAUGCCAGAAAUGCCAAAGGCGAGGACCAUAGCCAGGCCAUAGUGCGCAUGAAAGUUGUAGCACCGAAGUACACGGUGGAGCUGGCCUGUGGAUUGGGGGCAACCAUCCUGCUCGUUGUGGUGCUGAUAGUCCUCUAUCACGUUUAUUGGCUUGAAAUGGUCCUCUUCUAUCGGGCUCAUUUUGGAACAGAUGAAACCAUUCUAGAUGGGAAGGAGUACGAUGUGUACGUGUCCUACGCACGCAACGCGGAGGAGGAGGAAUUUGUGCUGCUGACGCUGCGGGGAGUUUUGGAGAAUGAGUUUGGGUACAAGCUGUGUAUCUUCGACAGAGACAGCCUCCCUGGGGGAAAUACCACUGAAGCUGUGUUCGACUUCAUCCAGAGGAGCCGCAGGAUGAUUGUGGUCCUGAGUCCUGAUUACUUAACGGAGAAGAGCAUCAGCCUCCUGGAGUUCAAGCUGGGCAUCAUGUGCCAGAACGCCAUCGCCACCAAGCUCAUCGUGGUUGAGUACAGGCCGCUGCAGUGCACCCACCCCAGCAUCCUCCAGCUGAAGGAGUCUGUCUCCUUUGUCACCUGGAAGGGGGAGAAGUCCAAGCGCUCCGGCUCCCAGUUCUGGAAGGCAUUGCGGCUCGCUCUGCCCCUGCGCAGCCUGAGUGAUGGUGCCGGCUGGAACGAGAGCUGCUCCUCCCAGUCAGACAUCAGCCUGGACCCCAUCCAGAGGAGAAGGAGCCGCUUGAAAGGGCAGCCUGACCCACGGGGCAGCAUGGCGGGGACUUCGGCUCCUGGAGGGAUGGCCCCGGCCCCUGAGUCAAAGGCCAAACACCGAGCCAAGCACUUCUUGACAUGCCAGUGUUGUGGGACCUAUUGCAAUGGCAGCAGCAGACUCAAGCGCAAGCAUCAGGCUGUGGCUGAGCCCAGGUGGGACACUCAUCUCUGCAAGCCGGGCUCGGGCAGGCCCUUGGUGCAGGGGGUUCAGGGCAGAAGUCGACCUGAGCCCCCACCGGCACAGGCUCCUGCUCUCGCCCUCUGCCAUUACAGCGACCUGUCGAACAACAAUGACUUCUAUGUACUUUAGCCAAGAGGCUGACAGCACCGCAGGUGCUGGGCUGGCAAAAGAAACUCACUGCAGCCUCAGCUAAGAUAUUUUUUACAAUAUCAGAGCCUGAUGCAGUGUUGUUCGCUGUCAGUCUCAUGCCAGCAAGGCGGACUGCAGCGAUAUCACAGGUGCUGGUGAUCUGAGCCAGGGACUUGCAGCCACACGCAGAGCAACGGCUGGGGGCUGCCUGCCCGGGUCCUUCUCCUUAAUUUAAAUUGCAAAGUGGAGCUGAAAAUGUGUUUCUCUGGUGUUGCUUUUCCCCAGUUGUGGUCAUGUUUGCUGCAGGGCUGCUGCUGGGGUUGGCUGUGGGAGGGCAGGUCCCCAGCCGAGGGUCGGGAGGGAGGGGGGAAGAAGCCAUGCUCCUGUCAGUAACCUCUGGAAGGGGGAGCAAGCCUGCAUUUUGCAAAGGAUAAAACUUUGCUGGUGAGCGCAACAGGAGCCCCUGCCAGUGCAGGAGUGCACUGUGCAGUAGGAAGUGUUAUCCACUGUGGUUUAAAAAAACUUGGUCAAAAGUUUUAAGACAAGUCCCUUCUCUCUAAAUAAAACUGAUUUCUUUACCCUGCUGUUGUUACAAGUGCCAUGGGAAUUGGUAAAUGCUGGAGCCUUGUUCACCAGGAGGUGCCUGGGGAGGUGGUUUGCCCAAGCUGGCUGAGGUCCCCUCCUGUUCCCAGUGCUUCCAGUGGGCUCCUGGGCUCAGUUCCUCUCCCAGCUUCACCGUAUGAUGAAUUUGUUCUGACAGUUAUGUGGCCUGUCACACAGCAAGAAAGCCAUUACAAAUCUAGGGAAAUACGAUUAAAAAAAUUCCCUGAGUAGUCAAUGAGCUCAGGGAGAGGAGCAAGACCUAAAACACUCACAGAAAACCUCAGGCGCUGAAGCUGAGGGGUCAAAACUCAACCACACUUCAUUAAUAACCGAAAGAGCCUUUGAACUGUCUCCCUGGGGCUGCUGUUUCAUCAGCCGGUUGAGCUGGCUGACAGCAGUGUUUCUCACUCUUCAACCGCAAUGAAAACUUCAUUUGCAUCAUUCUACUUUGUAUAAUGACUUCUCUCCCCACCAAGGAAGGGUGCUAAUCCUAGGAUUUGGCUGCUCGCCUUCAGCUGA